AUGUGCAGACAUGGGCUUCACCAUCCAUACAGAUGUGUGUCCAGACAUCCCCACGUGGUCUGGCCCAAGGAUGAGGCACGUAACGUUCCUUCCCAGCCACCGUUCAAUAGCAGUAUCCACUCUCUGGUCGUGCUCGGUCACCUGCAGGAGAUUGGAACCCAAAUGCUUUUCAGCUCCGCAAUGAACACUGAUCCCAAAGACGCUUGGCCAUCUGGAUCCAUACUGAUGGUUUCUCGAGUUUCUCCCACUUUUACGCUGACCUCAGGGCAGAAAAUUCAGCCAGACCCAGAGUCAUGUGUGGCCAACGGGAAAGCCAGAAUGAUGGCUGGGCAAGAAAGAGCCAGCAAGUAG